AUGAAUAACUCAUUCAUCUCUAUUUUGAUAGCUAUAAUUUUGACACUAUUUUUAGAUAAAUUUCACAAACCAAUUAAAGCUUUUUCAAACCCUAGUUAUGUUUAUACAGAUGGAACUCAUUUUGCACUAGAAGGAAAGCCAUUUUAUUUAAAUGGUUUUAAUGCUUAUUGGCUAAUGUAUAUGGCUUCUGAUCCAUCAACAAGGAAUAAGGUUACAACAACAUUUCAACAAGCUUCUAAAUAUGGUAUGAAUGUUGCUAGAACUUGGGCUUUUACUGAUGGCGGUUCUAGACCCUUACAGUCUUCGCCUGGUGUUUACAAUGAGCAAAUGUUUGAGGGAUUGGAUUUUGUAAUAUCAGAAGCCCAAAAAUAUGGAAUUCGCUUGAUUCUUGGGUUAGUUAACAACUGGGAUAUUUUAGGAGGAAAAAAACAAUACGUAGAAUGGGCACAGGAAAGAGGACAGCAAUUAACAAGUGAAGAUGACUUCUUCACUAACCCUAUGGUUAAAGGAUUCUACAAAAAUCAUGUCAAGGUUGUGCUUACAAGAGUGAACACAAUAACAAAAGUGGCAUAUAAAGAUGAUCCAACAAUUCUUGCAUGGGAACUAAUGAAUGAGGCUCGUUGCCCAUCUGACCUCUCUGGAAAAACUAUUCAGAACUGGAUCACAGAAAUGGCAGCAUAUCUUAAAUCAAUAGAUAAAAAUCAUCUCUUAGAAAUUGGUCUUGAAGGAUUUUAUGGGGAUAACAAGAAGCAGUACAACCCUAAUUAUCUGGAACUUGGGACUAAUUUCAUCUCCAACAAUCAAAUUUGGGGAAUUGAUUUUACCACAAUUCAUAUCUACCCUGAUCAAUGGCUACAACCAGGUACAAGCCCAGAGGACCAAGAUAAAUGGGCUUCACAAUGGAUCCAAGCCCAUAUAGAUGACUCCAAAUUAUUGAAAAAACCUUUACUUAUUGCAGAAUUUGGCAAAUCUUCAAGUACCCCAGGGUAUAAUGUUACAAUGAGAGACAAUUAUUUUGGAAAAAUAUAUGGAACUAUUUUUAAUUGUGCCAAAUAUGGAGGCCCAUGUGGUGGUGGGCUUUUUUGGCAACUUUUGGCCCAAGAAAUGGAUAGUUUUGGUGAUAGUUAUGCAGUGGUCUUGCAAGUCAGCCCAUCAACUGAUAGAGUUAUGGCUUUACAAUCUCUAAGGCUCUCUAAACUAUUAGAUUAUACAAAUAGAUUAAAAUUGUAA